AUGGGAAGCUACUUCGGCCAUUCUAUUGGACUCGCAGGAUGGUUUGUUCGCGCUAUUCAAGCCGUUAGUGCGGUAAUAGUCCUUGGAAUUACAGCUUGGGCGGUAGAAGGGACCGAGACUGUCAUGGUGGUCUAUUUGCUCGUCAUUGCUUCAUUGACAUUGGUCAUUCUUGUGUUGGCUCUGGGUAUUAGCUACAUGACCCGUUGUUAUAGAUGGCAUAUAUUUCUUCUUUUACUCACAGGCGGCGUCUUGUCCUAUCUGUCAGCAUAUAAGGACGGAAUCAUUGAUUCUUACUUCAUUCUCUUGGCUCUCGAUUUCAAUCGAACAAAUUGUCGCAGGAACUGCUGGAACGGAGAGGUAAACUGUUCACGAAGCUAUACCGCAGAGGCUUUUAGCUUUAUUGCCUUACCUGUACGAGAGAUGGAAGAGAAUUAUCUCGAGGAACGCGUUGCCGAGAAUUUUAACGCGGCCGGUCUGAUCUAG